ACUAAAAAGAGGUUGUAAAUUUAACGGCAAUAAGGCCUGAAAUUGAUAGAGCCCACCAACAAAAGUGAGCCAGCCUGUGCCUCUUUCUGUUCCAUUCAAAGUAAUGAAUGAACCCCCUAACCACAUUACAUCAAAUUCAUUUGGAUUUAUACCAUAUGUCCACUUCAAAUGCUUAAACACACUAACACUCACAGUUGGGCCGCUGCCAGAGUUUUAAAUCAAUAUUAAUCUCGUCUCUCACACACACAGACUUGUAUUGAAUUUACUGCAAAUCAAUGGCCACCUCAAAUUUGCUCUACUGUCUCUCUGUACUAUCUCUGCUACCCUUCAUUGCAUCCAUUACAAUUCCACUGUCACCUUCCCACCCAAACCCAAACCCAACUUCUGAUGGGUACCAAAGAAUCAACCAUCAUGUUCUCUCCUCUUUAACAAGAGCCUACCAUCUCAAAAACCCACAAAUUACAUCCACCACAACUCAGAUCUUCUCUCACAGCUAUGGAGCCUACACAAUCUCUCUCAGCUUUGGCACUCCUCCCCAGACCCUCAAUUUGGUCAUGGACACUGCCAGCAACCUUGUUUGGUUCCCCUGCACUAGGCAUUACCGAUGCGACAACUGCACCUCCACCGGCUCCCCUGCAAUUCCAUCAUUUAUUCCUAAACAAUCCUCAACAGCGAAGAUUGUUGGCUGCCUAAACCCUAAAUGUCCAUUGAUUCACUCCACACAAGACCUACAAUGCCAAGACUGCGACAGCGAUAGUACUAAUUCAAGGAACUGCACGCAGAUCUGUCCUCCCUAUUUCAUCCGAUACGGUUUAGGCUCCACAGGCGGUAUCGCACUGUCCGAAAAUUUGAAUCUCCUAAACCAAACCAUUUCGAAUUUUAUCGUCGGAUGCUCCUUAACCUCUUCCCGCCAACCCACUGGAAUUGCAGCAUUCGGGCGGGGACCGACAUCGUUGCCGAGUCAACUCGGCCUCAGAAAGUUUGCAUAUUGCCUAAUAUCUCGUCAAUUCGACGAUACCGAGAAAAGCAGCACUCUGGUUCUCGACAGUGCCUCGGAUUCCGGUGACGCGAAAGCUGUUGGAGUUAGUUACACUCCGUUUCUCAACUACUCGGAAAUUGCCGGGAAAAAUGCGUUUUCCGUCUACUACUAUUUAAGUCUCAGAAGCAUCACCGUCGGUGGCCAGCGCGUGAAGGUUCCGUACAGGUUUCUAGUGCCUGGACCAGAUGGAAUCGGCGGGACCAUCAUCGACUCCGGCAGCACGUUCUCGUUCAUGACCGGAGAGGUUUUCGAGCCACUGGUGGCUGAGUUCGUAGCGCAAGUGACGAACUACAGUCGAGCGCAAGACGUCGAACUUUUGACCGGGUUGAGGCCUUGUUUCAACGUUCGAGGUGCCGAAACGCUGUCGUUUCCUGAAUUGAAAUUUCAGUUUAAAGGCGGUGCUGACAUGGCACUGUCAUUGCAGAACUAUAUUGCGCUAGUGGGUGAUGGUGAUGCGGCUUGCUUGACGGUGGUGACGUAUGGAAGUGCUGGGCCGGAGGGUGUAAUUGGGCCGGCCAUAAUUUUGGGGAAUUUUCAGAUGCAGAAUUAUCACGUGGAGUAUGAUUUGAGGAAUCAAAGGUUAGGGUUCAAGCAAGAGAUAUGCACCUGACUUUAAUUUCCUAAAAAAAAACUAGAAAAUUUUGCUGAAUAAUUUAUUUAGUCUUUCUUGUUAGGGCCCCAAAAAAAAAAGCAAUUAAACUUUACACAUGUUUUGCAAUUUUCAAGUUGUCCUAUUUACCUCUUUUUUAGUCCAAACCAAGCCCAUAAUGCUUCCUUAUGUGUUA